AUGGAAGUUGGUAGAAGGAUAGAGUGUUCUUCCAGAAAAGGAACCGUACGCUAUGUAGGAACUGUAGAGGGUCAUGGAGGGGAAUGGCUUGGGAUCGAAUGGGAUGAUCUCGAUGGUGGGAAACAUGAUGGAUGUGUGAAUGGCAAGCGAUACUUUGUGACCAAACAUCCUCGAAACGGCUCAUUCAUUAGAGGAAGUGCUGUGGUGAUAGGCUGCAACUUUCUAGAAGGAGUUCAUAAAAGAUACGUAGCGAAUAAUGCAGAAGAGCAAGAAACGGAAACGCUCUCCUCUAAGGUGGUUGAGUUGGUGGGAAUGAAUCAGACUGCCGAAAGACAAAAAAAAAUAUUCAAUCUCACAACCAUAGUUUUGGACUCCCGAAAUAUCUGUGAACCACCACCAUGUGGAACUGAACGGUUUCAAUACUGUCGAGAUCUGAAUUUAUACAAUAAUUUGUUGCAUAAAUGGGAGGAUGUGAAAGAAAUUUUGGCAUAUUUCCCAGUGUUAGAGGAGCUAGUUCUCAGGAGAAAUCGUAUGGAUGAAAUGAGCGAUGAUGAAAUAUCCGAGUGGCCUGUAACGGAUAGGUUGAAAAACUUAAUAUUAAGCGAAUGCGGAAUAUCCAUGGAAACUAUGUCAAAUGUUUUACACUGCUUCAAAAACGUCACGGAAUUACAUGCUUUGAAGAAUAGUUUGACUUCUGUCUCACUUCCUGAUCCGAUUGCAGAACGUCUUGAGCAGUUAGAUCUUGAAGGCAAUCCCCUCAAUCGAUUCACUAAUCUUCAUGGCAAUUUCAAGAACCUGAAAAAAUUGAGUUUACGAGAUUGCGGACUACUCAAUCUUGAUAUAGUUCAAUCAAAGAGCAGUUUUCCACUCUUGGAAAUUCUCAAUCUGAAAGGCAAUAAUUUCUGUUCAUGGGAUGUGAUCACCGAGCUUCAGGCUUUACCUAGUCUCACUAUUCUGUACAUCGAUACUGAAAACUUCAGUUGUAUCCGUGAUAUCGAGGUUCACGAGGUAAUCAUCGCUAAGUUACCAAUCUUAUUAGAUCUCAACCGAUUCGAUGUUUGCCAAGUCGAACGGAGGUCAGCUGAGAUAAGGUUCCUGACUAAAUAUUUCAUACUGCCUGAAGAUCAGCUUAUCCCACAUAAAAACGAUUUGAAUCGCUUAGUAAAGAAAUAUGGUGCUCCAGCUGUCGAAGGUCCUCGAAGAUGUUUAGAUGUCGUGCCUCUAUGUAUUAGUUAUAAUGAGCAGACUAUUGAGAGAAAACUUCCUCUGACAAUAACAAUUCAUCGUCUGAUAAGUAUUGUUUCACGACAAUUUCUCUUGGACCCUCUGACUGUUUCCAUGGAAUUGGUUAGGGAAGACUAUAUCAUUGCAUUGGACAAUCCCAUGAGAGUCUUGGGUUUUUAUUCGCCGGAAGCUAAUGAUGUUUUGCGUCUGACAACUGUCGAGUGA